UACAGCAAUUGAAUGCCGCUUUAUGAAGUGAAUAUUUGGGAGUCUGGAUAAUGGAAAAUGGGAGGCUGGCCAGCUUUUUAUAUAGAAUUUCCAUAGCAAAUACCAAAAGCCUAUCUGCCAACUCCUAUACUGGCCUCUUUGGAUCCUGUUUUCUGACUUGAAGAAUGGGUUUAAAUGCAUGUCCCAUGAUAUUACAUACAUGGGUCUAUCCAAGAUAAAUUCUGGUUGUACAAAGAAUAAUAGACCCCUGCUUGUUUUGCAUACCCUUCAAGUUUGUGUUAAGAAUUCUGGUAAAAUACUAGUUAUUUUGGCUGUUCAUACACACAGCUAGGUUCACUUCCCAUUAAAAAACAACAAAAUCCAAGUGUGACUGUUCCAGCUCAAAUUGGGAAUUCAUUGAAGCUGAUUGUCUUGAAUAUUUAUUUCUGUGAAGAUAUGUGUGGAGGGUUAAACUCAUUUUUGCUGGUAAAGAAAAGGGAAUUUUUGAAGGCUUUAUAUUCUUUUCAGCCUUAUGGACAGAAAGAAGUCUUGUUUUAACAUGACCUUCCAGGCCAUCCUGUUAUGUGGGGGUAUGGAAGGCAGUUGUAGCUCUCUGAAAGUCUUCAGGGUUGUGGCAAUCUAUGGAUUGCUUCCAAGACACUGCUUUAAGAGUGCUCCGUCAAGAAGGCGUCUGCCAGACUGACUUUUGCAUUAUUAUGUACCUCCAUUAAACUUCUGGAGCUGCCUUUUAAUUUGUGGACAGACUUUGCCCCAGCCUUGCAGCACAGCGUGGUUUUCCUUUGUUGUUUGCUACUCCAAAUGCCUGCUCCUCUGGUCUCUGUGCAACUUCCCCUGGAAAAAAUCUUUUUUCCUUUAUUUUUAUCUGAAGUGUAGGGAUCUGCUGGUAGAUGUUUAUUUUGUCUGGUAUGCAGCUAAAUGUAUGCACACUGAUCCUCAGCCACCUUGCUGUCUGAUACAGAAAUUCAAAAAGUAGCUUUUUUCUCACAAACGUUAGGUGUUUGUGUUUGUUCUGAGAGUGCCAACUGUUCAGCAUCUGCUCUCUAACGAGGCUGCAGACUGACGCAUUCAGGCUGGAGCCAUCCCAUCUUGGUGAGCUGAGGAUCACCCUUCCCGUGAGCCAGUGGCCGGGCUCUGGAGGGAAGGAUGCCCAGCUCCACGCUGUUGUGAGUGCUUGGUAUUCCUGUAAAUAACUGGCUGGGACUCAGCAGUGCAUGCUGAAAAGAGGGCUGAAAUCAAGGUGGACUGGGGCCUCCUGUGGUUCUGUCAUGUGCGCACACAAAAUCGUUCCAGAAUGAACACUAAAAAAUAUAUCUGGAAAGAUUUUUCUUUUUCCCUUCCUUUCCUGGAUGUUUUCUAGUCACGUUAAUAUGCUUGACUGUUCUGCAAGGCCUCUUUUUUGGCAUGUGGUGGGAAGGAGGAGGAAGAAACCCCUGUGAGCCUUGACUUUCCAGGCAGGGUUUCCCAAAUUUCCAGGAGCAAGGAGUAGCAGGAAAUAUAUAUGUAUCGGACAUAGUAUAUACUUUCCUUUAUCUGCAGUUUUUAGUAACUUUGGCUGCUGCUCUUAAACUCGUCCUUGGAGAGCAUGUUUCAUGUGUGGAGGCACUAAGAGGGGAGGGUUUCAAGCAGAUCUCUUGCAAAUAAAUCGGUUCUUCAUGCUGGAACAAUAUGGCAGCAUGGCCUUCACAGCGUACGCAUGCAGGGUACUCAUGACUUCUGGGGGAUGCUGAGGACCCUUACCGCAGGCUGGUAGGAAACAGGUACUAGGGACAUUUAGACCAAAGCCAGACUAUAUGGCUCCUAAAAAUAAGGUGGUUUCAGCCCCUCCUCCCCCUUUUUUUUUGAAUCUGUGAUGUGUUCCGUUUCUUUUCCAAAUGCUGUUUGUAUGAUUCUACCUAUGUGCAGGUGUCUGUGUUUCCAUGUGAGUGAUGUUUUCAGGAAGACACACACACAUUGGGUUUCUUAACCCAGACACAAAGAUGCAACUCUUCUGUUGGGGGUUAGGGUGAAGUGCUGGGUUAGGGCAAGGAAAUUUGUGCUGGGAGACACAAACCUCCUCUUUGCUUUAUGGGAAAAUUUAAAGCUAGAAUAGAAGCUGUGAUAUUUUAGUGCGAUAUUUUAAAUGCAUAUGAGUAAGUAAUAAGAUGAAACGUGUAUCUGUUGUGCUGGAGGAUCGUUUUCUAUGUGUGGUGAGUGUGUUGGUAGUUGUCAUGUUGAUGUUUGCUCUCACCAUGGGAGAGGAGUGAAAAUAUUUUGCACAUUGUUUCUCUGUUGAAACUUGCUGAUGUAAUUAAUAAGCUUGUGGUGCAAAAGCCAGCUGUAUGCUGAGAGGAACUGUCAGAGCAGGCUGCCUUUACGUUUUUUUUAAAUGUAAUUAUUUGGGCAGUAUCAGUGGAUGCUGAGGAUUAGGUGCUGUUUUUUGUAAUGAUGCCAGGAGAAAACACUUUGUUAGAUGCAAGUAGCUGUAUGGACAUGCAGUGUUUUUUGGUUUCACAAGUGCCUGUAAAUGCUUGUUAUUUUUGUGAAUAAUUUUGCCUUUGGUCCUGAGGUGGAUCACCAACUGAAGGAGCGAUUUGCGAACAUGAAGGAAGGUGGGAGAAUUGUGUCCUCAAAACCUUUUGCACCUCUAAAUUUUAGAAUUAACAGUCGAAACUUGAGCGAUAUUGGCACUAUAAUGAGAGUUGUGGAGCUAUCACCACUGAAAGGGUCUGUGUCAUGGACCGGGAAACCAGUUUCUUACUACCUGCAUACUAUUGACCGAACCAUACUUGAAAACUAUUUUUCUAGUCUCAAAAAUCCAAAACUCAGGGAGGAACAAGAGGCAGCUAGACGUCGUCAACAACGAGAAAAUAAGAGCAACACAACUACUCCAACGAAGGUUCAAGAAAACAAGGAUUCUGGUGCUGAAGAAGAAAAAGCUGGGGCAAAUUCUGUUAAAAAGCCAUCUCCCUCUAAAGCACGGAAGAAAAAGCUAAGUAAAAAAGGAAGGAAAAUGGCAGGCAGGAAACGAGGACGUCCCAAGAAAAUGAACACUGCAAAUACAGAGCGCAAGACUAAGAAGAACCAAACGGCACUAGAACUUCUGCAUGCUCAAACUGUCUCACAGACAUCUUCAUCCUCUCCUCAGGAUGCAUACAAGUCACCUCAUAGUCCAUAUUACCAACUACCUCCUAAAGUGCAAAGGCAUUCAUCUAACCAGCUACUGGUGACACCUACCCCACCUGCACUACAGAAGCUGCUAGACUCUUUUAAGAUCCAGUACAUGCAGUUCAUGGCAUACAUGAAAACUCCUCAGUAUAAAGCAAGUCUGCAACAGUUACUGGAGCAGGAAAAGGAAAAGAAUGCACAGCUACUGGGGACAGCACAGCAGUUAUUCACCCACUGCCAGGCACAGAAAGAGGAAAUCAAACGUCUUUUUCAACAGAAACUUGAUGAGUUGGGAGUUAAGGCUCUGACAUACAAUGACCUGAUUCAGGCUCAGAAGGAAAUUUCUGCUCACAAUCAGCAACUGAAAGAACAGACGAAACAGCUGGAGAAGGAUAACAGUGAACUCAGGAACCAGAGCUUACAGCUGCUUAAAGCACGCUGUGAAGAACUGAAGCUGGAUUGGUCAACAUUGUCACUGGAGAACUUGCUGAAAGAGAAGCAGGCUCUGAAGAAUCAGAUUUCUGAGAAACAAAAGCACUGUUUGGAACUGCAGAUCAGCAUUGUGGAACUUGAGAAAAGUCAAAGACAGCAGGAGCUAAUGCAGCUGAAAUCAUAUACGCCGUCUGAUGAGUCACUGUCAGUACAGCUACGCAAUAAAAACCAUAUGAGCCGUGAUCCUGAGGCUGAUCAUGGCAGGUUCCAACUGGAGCUUGAAUGCUCUAAAUUUCCUAUGCCCCACAUCAAUGGCAUGAGCCCUGAACUGUCCAUGAAUGGCCAUGCUACUCCCUAUGAAAUCCAUAAUAACACUUUUAGCAGGCCGUCCUCCAAGCAGAACACCCCUCAGUACACGACUUCUCACCUGGACCAAGAAAUAGUACCUUGUACCCCAAACCACAGCAGCAGACAGAAGGCAGACAAGAUGACGAGCUUGUCCUUACCUGACUAUACCAGGUUUUCCCCAGCUAAAAUAGCACUAAGGAGACACUUGAAUCAAGACCAUGCAGUCAAUGGAAAAGCAACAACUAAUGAGAUACAGAGAGCUGACCACGUCAAAGAGAAUGGCCUUACGUAUCCAAGCCCUGGCAUUUCAAAUGGCAUAAAGCUGAGUCCUCAGGAAACUCGGCCCUCCUCCCCAGCGGCCUUACCAGUUGCAAGCGAGAAGGGUUUAAGAGAGAGAACUUCUGUGAGUAAUGGAGAAACUAUCACCAGCCUACCUAUCAGUAUUCCUCUCAGCACAGUGCAGCCCAAUAAACUCCCUGUUAGUAUCCCUCUGGCCAGCGUAGUCCUACCUAGCCGUGUUGAGAAGGUGAGAAGCACACCUAGCCCAGUUCAUCAGAGCAGAGACUCAUCAACACUUGAAAAGCAGAUCGGUGCUAGUUCUCAUAAUGGUGUAAGCAAUGCUGCUGGAAACAAGCCACUGGCUUUGGCUACCUCAGGUUUUUCUUACUCUUCUGGCUCCGUGGCAGUCAAUGGAAAUCUUACAAACAGUCCAGCCCAUCUUAACCAUAGUGUUGAUCAGGCAGCUCUGGACGACUCUGGGAGUCUGUUUAACUCAGUAGGGUCUCGGAGUUCCACUCCACAACAUCCUUUGCUAAUGAUGCAGUCAAGGAACUCUGGGCAAAACUCCCCUGCUCACCAGCACUCAACAAGCCCCAGGUUAAAUGGCACCUCCCAGAGCCUGGUAGGGGUAUUGCAGUAUGCAGAUGCUCAGAAGAUGUUUGCCGAAGGAACAAAGGGGGAUCUUCAGUCUGAUGCAGCGUUUUCAGAUCCUGAGAACGAGGCCAAGAGAAGAAUCAUCUUUACAAUCUCUCCUAAUACAGGACAUGUAAAACAAUCCCCUUCCAACAAGCACAGUCCUCUGCCCGCGAGCGCUCGGCUGGACUGCGGCCAAGCACACGCGCAGGAUGGGAAGAAGCGAGGCCGGCGGAAGAGAUCCUCUACUGGGAAUCUCAACGGGAACUCCGGGGUCUCCCCUAAACGUAAAUCCUUACCCACUAUGUCUGGACUCUUUACUCAACCAUCAGGUUCACCGCUCAAUAUCAACUCCAUGGUCAAUAACAUUAACCAGCCUUUAGAAAUAACAGCCAUUUCUUCUCCUGAAAACUCCCUGAAGAACUCUCCUGUUCCUUACCAGGACAAUGACCAGCCUCCGGUAUUGAAAAAGGAAAAGCCCCUCAUUCAGACCAAUGGUGUUCAUUACUCUCCCCUAACGUCAGAUGAAGAGCAGGGAUCUGAAGAUGAGCACAAUAGCACCAGAAUUGAGAGGAAAAUUGCAACAAUAUCAUUGGAAAGCAAAUCUCCGCAGAAGACUGUAGAAAAUGGUGGCAGCUUAUCUGGGAGGAAACAAGCACAAACCAACGAGAACAUGAACAGCAGUAAAUGGAAAUCUACUUUUUCACCAAUAUCUGACAUCAACCUGACCAAAACUACAGACAGUCCCUUGCAGUCGGUUUCAUCCCUGAGCCAGAAUUCGUUGUUUGCCUUCAGGCCGUCCUCUGAGGACAGCCUAGCCAUUGACGCCAAGAUCACAGCACACACGAGGAAAAGCAUUGCCAUGCCCUCGUCUGGGGCAGACGGGCUCAGCCCUAGUACAAACUCCACCAACGGAUUUGUGUACAAUGGUGGACUGUCAACUGACAUCGGUUUACACAGCUUUAUUGAUGGUGCUUCUCUUCCGCACAAGGCUUCAGACGUGACGACUUCCAACUGCUCCCUGGGUUUUCAGUCGCAGCGAAGCAAAGAUGUGGGGAUAUCGGAAACAAAUCCGUUUUUGAACAAGAGGCAACUUGAAGGCCUCAGUGGCACGAAAGGAGAAGACUUAAAUCGGUCAGGGGUCAAAAGCAAAGAGAUGAGUGAAAUAAGCAUUCGUACUGGGGGUUCUUUAGAAAAAAACUCUUUGCAGCAUAACGGAAAGGUCGGCAAAGGAAGGGACCGAGAUGUGGAGUUUAAAAACGGCCACAACCUUUUCAUUUCUGCUGCUGUUUCGUCUGGUGGCCUUCUGAAUGGUAAAAGCCUUUCUACUGCUGUUUCUUCAGCAGGCAACCCAGCAUCUUCUGUGCAGACGCACCAUCCUUUCCUAAACACUUUGACCACUGGAUCACAGUUCCCCCUUGGCCCCAUGGCCUUGCAAGCAAACCUCAACUCGGUGACAAAUUCCUCAGUAUUGCAGUCCUUAUUUAAUUCGAUGCCAGCUGCUGCCAGUCUGGUCCACGUGUCAUCAGCUGCAACCAGACUGACUAAUUCUCACACUAUGGGGAACUUCUCUCCUGGGGUUACAGGUGGAACAGUUGGAGGUAUUUUUAACCAUGCGGUGCCUUCUGCCUCCUCUCCUCAUCAAUUUGGAGCCAGUUUCAGCAGCAGUGCUGUCUCUAGCAGCACAGUGCUAAGCUUAAACCCUCUGCAGGCUGUUGCCAGCACGUCAUCCUCAUCCUUCCCACCCCCCUCCUCUAAUUUAGUAACAUCUAGUGAGAAUAGAUCUGCUCAGCACCUCAACAGAGCGCCAGUGCAAUCUGUUUUCCAUUCACCCCCGCCCCCUCCUAACGUUUCCUUGCCCCCACCUCCUCCAUUACUUGCUUCUAACCCUGAGCCUGCGCUUCUGCAGAACCUGCCAUCUCUCCCACCUGGCGAUGCUUUUUUGCCAUCCUCUUCUGCUGCUUCUGUCCAAUCUGCUAAUGCUUCUUUGUCUAUUAAGCUAGCCUCUCUCCAGCACAAAACCUCCCGCCCCUCCUUUACAGUCCAUCACCCGCCUCUGCCCCGCUUGGCGCUGGCACAGUCCGCGCCCAUGAUCACGCAGUCCAACGCAGCUGGCACAUCCGCUAUGUGGGUUACACUUGGCAUGCAGUCUCCUUAUGCUUCGCACCUUUCUGGGGUUAAGCCACGAUAAAGAGCUUGCUUAGCUAACAGUUCUUAUUUUGUAAGGUAAGGCUAGAGGGAAAAAAAAAAAAUCAGGAGUUUUGUGCAAGAUGCUGAAUGAUGCUUCUUCCUUUUCAGAGACAGGGUGGGGAUGGGCUCUGUGAAACAAACCUGAAAUGUGGGAAGCAAAUAAUGUGACGGCAGAGGGUGAAGAGGCUUAAUGCUCUCUGUUCUGGGAGUCAGGAUUUCUCGACAAGGAGUGCUCACAGUGGUAACUCUGGUCUGUCUCAUCUGACAUUAGGAUUAUGUUCAGGUUGGGAUCAUUUCUUGAAAAUGUUUACUUCUGAAGAUCAGUUAUCAGGAGGAAGUUCUAUUUUUAAGUAAGGUUUUUAUGCAGUUAUUGGCAGUGGUUGUUGCCUACUUUGAUUCCCCUUGUCCUCUUCUUGCCUUCCAACACAGACUGUUGCUUCUUCCACAAGUCCAUGUUUGCAUAGCAUUAGGAUGCGUGAUGCUGCUGCUUUGUGACUCUGGCAACGUGGUGGUCUUGUUUUCAUUGUCAAUCAAUAACAGCUGCUCUCAGUCUGAAGUUAAAAAAUCUCCAGGUUACAAGCUGCAGCUUUGUCUUGGAGUGCAAAUGCACUGGUCUUGCACUGCAGUUAACGUGCCCCCUGCAUUACUGGAAAACACAACCACAGGUAGCAAAGCGUUAUAAUCUGAAUUAGAAUAAACCAAGAAGACCUUGUUAUCUGCACACUGCAGCGUUACUGGACUUGACUGCUAGGGCUAACAGUAACAGUCUCCAUCAGAUGCUGUAUUUAUGCUCAUUUGGCAAUUACUGACUUUCUGGGUAGACGUGAAUGAGAUGAUAGGGAACAUGCAGGGUUCACUGCGGUCCGUGCUUCAUAAGGGCUGGGGCUGCAGAAGAGAGGAGGGUCUCUGGAGAUUGUGCGUUUUUACCGAAGCAGUAUUUAAUGCCUUUAGAGCAGCUCCAGAAUAAAGUGUACCACCACAGAGUUGGGUACUGUUGUUAUGAAAAUACUCUGUGGCAUCGUGAUGUAACAGCUCGUGACUGCAAAGUUAAAUCAGUAUGUUAGGGCCCAGAGCUUGCUCCAUGCUUUUCUUGUAGGUCUUUGAUGUUGUUGCUGUUCGCUGAUACCAAAGCUACAUAAAAUCUAUGGUUGGAUACUUUGCUGCUUAUAAAACAUAUGCCUCAAUUACAAUAUACCUGAGAGAUUCUUUUGACUGUGCAUUGUUUAUAGUGUCUUCAUCAUGUAAUUGCUUCACAGACAUGAACUUAGUCUCAUUAGGCUUUUGUGAGGCAGGUAAGUAUCCCCUCCGUCCUUCUGUAUGAGAAGUGAGGGCGAGGAGUUCAGUGAUGUCCCUGUGUGCCUGCAGGGUGACAGGACGAUGGGGUCACAGGGUGGGCUUGGAAGACCCUGGUUAGAAACAAGCUCGGGGCCAAGGCCGAGGAGGAUUAGGUGUGGGGCUUUGUACACCUGAGCGACUCGGGAGAGCCGUGUGGAAGUCUGAUGAAGCCUUACCUGGAGUGGGUGUCAUGCUGGGCUCGACUCCAUGCCAUCGUAUGUGGUGGGUCCUGCCACAGCAAGUCUCGGAGCAAAAUAGGCAAGGCACAAAAGUGAAGUUCAGCGCAAGGCAGCUGGAUGUGUAAAACUGGGCUGUGGAGCAGAGGGGCAGAAGUAAUGCUCCUAGGAGAUGGUUUGUGAGACAAAUGUAUCGUAGUAGAAGUCCUGUUCCAUGUGACAUAGGUGAAAUAUUUGAGUAUUUUCAUUGACCUUAAUCUGAACAUGUGUGUUUGAAGAAAUAAGGCUGAAAUUUGGAACGGGACUAAAAUAAUCUUUGUUUCUUCUAACGUUUCUUCCCCAAGGUAGUAACAAAUGCAAAGCGGAUUAGUGUGUGCUAAAAAAAAGUGAGGUCCCGAGUGGGAGAACGAAUGCUUUUUUUCCUCAUUCAUUGAGGUCAGUCACACAAGGACAGAGUUGAACACGGUUGAACACUGGAAGCGUCCUGUCUGAUUGUGGUUGGGUCAAGACAAGAAAUGUGCCUUCUUCACUGGCUGAUGAGGUCUCGGAGCAGUGUAGAAAUAAUUGAUGCAUCUAACACACUAGAUUUUGUCACUUAUUUAGAUGAGUCUCUUCCUCUCCUCCUGUUGUGCAGGUAACUAGGAUUUCUACCUCAACCCAAUGUGACCUAUGCAAGGACAACGUGGACCAACUUCACUCGGCUUCCACUGAAAGGUGCUCACCUGGCCUGUGCAGGGGUUUCUACUCUCUUACUACUGGACAAAACAAAAACCUAAAAAGACCUAAACAACAGAGAAAAUAUUUACUGUGAAUCUGAGUAAAAAAGAAAAAAGGAAGAAAAAAAUAAGGCAAAAGAAAUGCCUAAGGCUCCAGUUUGUAUUGUUGAUAGUUUAGGUAAAGUAUUUAUCUUUUUUUAAAGCGAAAACAGUUUUGACUUAUUUUAUUCCACCUAGAGUCAUAAAUACAACUUACGAUUAAAUUCUUGGAAUAAUUAAGGACUGGCACACCAGCAGAGAUGUAAAGAGCCUCCUCUCGGUGCUAUUUCAUCCGUCAGAACUGUGCCUCUAGUUUGAAUCCUUGGUGCUGAAUUUGGAGGGUUGACCAAUGCCAAACCCAGUUCUCAGAAAGGUCUGCAUUUUAUUUAUUCAACUUACUCUGUUCAUAUACCAAAAUCCACUUGGUUUACAGCAGUGUGAGCUACAGAGAAACGGCAGUCUUUGAUCUGGUGUUUUGCUUUAAUGUGAACUGAACCAGGCGCUCUGUUAACUGGGUGGUUUUUAAUUGUGUUCAUUACAAACUAGAACUCACUACUCCCCCUCUGGAGUGGCAGCUAGAUCACCUGGGGCAGCCCAGGUGAGCUCAGCCAAGGCAGGCACAGUUUGAACAGAAGGAAUUCAAGUCCUGCCCCAUUCAAACUACUUCACUGGGCCAUUUGCAGUUGCUGGUGGCACUCAAGUCACUGUGAAUUUUGGUAGCUAGUCUGGUAACUUGUUUUGGGAUGUCAUUGGCAUAUGAACAGGGUCCAUAAUCACUGGUAUUGGUCAGGCCCUUUUUAAUAACAUUGGGAAGACUGAACAUAGUGCUUCUGUACUGGUGCAGGUAGCAGAUUAUCUCAGCUUGUUGUUUUUGUUGCAAGUACAAUGUAUUUUGUUAGUAGAGUUUUGAUACUUGAUUCAGAAAUGGCUUAGAUGUGUACAUUUACUGACUAAGUGCAUUUUGCUUUUGUAUUUCUUUGCUUUAAGUAGAUCUAAAUGGUAGUUCACAAAAACACCACAAUCUAGCUUACCGUGCUGCCACACUAUCAAACUGGUGCAUUUAAUUGUAUUGUGACUUGGUGUUCUGUGUACAGAAAGUGCCGCCCCGAGCAGCGGCUGUAUUUUAUAGAGAUGUGAUGAAAAUUUAUAAAUUUCAUAUACUUUAUUUCAUUUAUUUUUAGACUGUACAGUGCACAGUGAACUUGUAAAAACUUAUUUAUUCAAGUGCACAAAAUGAGGAGAAAUAUAAUCCAUUAUAUAGACAUCACCCUGGUCUGUAGUUCAGACUGGACCAAGCACCAAUAAAGGAAACUACAGUAACAGAAGGGGAAUUGCAACAGCAAAAUGACUAGAAGAAAAACACGUUUAGGCAUUGGGAAACACCUGCCCAGGUGCUCUGAGGGACAGCAUUGAUUGCUCUGCCUGAGAGGCACUCGCUACCCUUAAAUCCCUUCUAGGUCCCUGGUGCUCCGUAAAGAGUCUCCAGCCUCCAGCAAUUGGGCAUUUGCCUUAGACUUGAGCCUGCCUCAGCAGGCACCUGACAGAGGGUCCUGGGGUCACAAAAAGCUGGGCUGGGUGCAUUGCCUUCCAACUCCUGCCUCUGCGUGUGGAGGAGGGGAGGUAGCUCGGCCCUUGCGUGCUUUCCUGCUGUCUGAUCUGUGAGUGCUGCGCUGGCCAUGCUCAAGGGAGUGGUGGGAAGAGGUGGCGGAGCAGCUCCUGCCCUCUGCAGAUUUCAGUUAGACCCUUUUCUCUGUACCUCAUCCCUGGCAAUCUUAGAGAUUUAGUUCAAAGUGUGGUUAUUUUGUUGUUUCCUAUGUGUGUCUUCCAUAGGCAGCCUUUGUGCACAGAAACCGUUGAGCUGAUUUUGUUGUCUUACUCAUUGGAAAGGGAAGGGAUCGGUAGCCCUGGAAAUGAGGGGCGUUUUGGAACUGUUUUCUGCUUUGCAUGUGGGAGAGGACUUGACAGUGGUGCGCCCUGCUGAGUUAUUAGCUGCAAGAUGAGAACCUGGAAAAGGGCAAGAAAGCUCAGAGGGCGAUGGCUGAGAAACAUCCAGUAGCUUCUAGUAGAAGCUGUACAGAGUUAAUGUCCUGGAAUCCAGGAAGACAAUGUAACCCAGAUGUUUUGCAGCUGGGAGUUGGGCAGCUCCAGCUUCAUCCAGAUCCUUGGCUAACUGAAAGCUGCAGAGCUGCCUUAGCAUCCUCCUGGCAAACAGCAAGGUGCUCCAGUCUUGGAAGGUGGGUUGUGCAUGAGCAAUUGCUGGAGGGGCAGUAGCCUUAAUUACCCCCCCCCCCCCCCCUUUUUAUCCCAGAUGUGAAAGAUGAGGACUGACCAAACCAGCAUUCCCUAGGCCUCUUAUCCCCCCCACCUUCAUCUCAAACCAGCAAAGGCAUCCAGCAAGAGAAUUCAUUCUGUACAGGGAGGCUUCACAUCAGUUCACACCUGAGAUGCUCGCAGGACGCUGGCAGAGAUGCCUGCUUGGAGGAGGCAUCCUCCUGGCAUGCCUGGCUCCUGGCACUCUCCUGCAGCUGAAGAGGGUUGGCCAGGUGCUUGCUGCAGGAAUGAUGUGCUUUGCGUUCAGUGUUCCAGAAAUCAGUGCCUGGGAGCAGCCAGAGCAAAGGCUGGGCACAGUUUGUCAUCUGCUCUCCCGUGCAUGUUGGAGAAAAGCGAAAUCCCCCUUUCCAUCAGUGCCGCUCCCCGGAGCAGGUUGCCCUUGGGUCUCUUUGCGAAGUGCUGGAUGCUUUGGCUCUGGAUGGCCUGCUGUGCUCUGUGGCAGGGCUCUUUCGCAAGCACUCGUUGGAAAUCAGCAGCGUGAGCCUGCUUGCUCCCACCACCUGGGAAAGACGAAACCAGAGGGGGCACAGCUUGUCAGACCCAGGCACAAAGGCUGGAAGGCCGAGCAUCCGCUGCAGCCUCCAGGGGCCUGUGGAGUCCAGGCCAGGCCUUCAUCUGCCUCUGGGUCAUCUCGGUGGUGGCGUUCUCCAUGACCUGACACUUCCAUCUCGGCAGCCCAUCUUUCUGCAGGAGCCCAGAGCUGCCCUGGCCUUGCCAGUAUCUUCCACCUGCGCCUGGUGCUGCUGGCACCAUCACCUUGCCAUGCAGUGCAUGGUUGUAGUGAGUUCCCCUCGUGUCCCAGUCUGGUCUAAGUCUUCAUCAGAGUCCUUGCUAGGGCAUGCUUCCAGGAGAGUGCUGGAUAAGCUACGGCGUGUUUGGAGCAGUGCGAGACAGUGGAGGGUUUGGGCUGAUGUCUUAAUGCUGCUUUAUUUGGGAGAAGUCACUGAGGUUGCUAUGGGAUUUGUUGUCGUCUUCUCCCCUCCCUGAUCUUUUGCAGCUUGGCCAUAACCUUGAGCAAGUUCAAAUUGUUUCUCUUCUGUCUGCAAAAUGGUCAGAGCAUUUACCUGCUUGCAGGACUGCUGGAGGAGUAGCUCUUUGAGAUGUUGGGAUCUGAUCCAUAUGGCUACGAGAAUGAGACCCUCAUGACCCUGAUGUAUGAGUGCUGUGCCAGAGACUUGAAACCUGUUUUCAAUAAUUGGAGAUACUUCUGAGUCAUCAAAGCCAAGCAGCCAGUUCCAGAAAGGAAUUCCUUCUGUGUUACCACUUCCUGCCCAGGUCCAGCCGUUUUAUGGCCAUCACAAAUGUUCCUUCUCCUCCAUGCUGCUGCUGCCAGCAAGGGACUCAUCAGGAAGUCAAAAUACAUCUUGUAGCACAUAAUGUUGCCAAAAAAAAAUGAAAUAUCCUGAGCUUUGUGCUGAGCGAAACCUGUGCCCUGCUGCUAAAUGUCAGGCUUGGAGAACGACCCUCACGUGCUCUUAUUUUGGUGAUUUGUUACCUCUGGCUCCUGCUUGCUGGUUCCAGCCCCGAGACCCACUGUGCUGUGAGGCUGGGGGGGGGCUCCAAGAGCAUUAAACCUAAACUCAAGUCUUUGCUGCACAUUUAGUCACGGAGCAGCAAUUCUUCCAUUAGCCGGGGGUGUGUGGGGCACCCGCUGUCAGAUUUCUCAGCUUUUCCUGUAGCUGAGGGAAAAGGUGGGAAAACAUUGCUGGGGGACGUGGAGCCUUGGGUUGCUGGAACCGAGCUUGUGGGCAGGAUCACGGGGGGGUUGAGCUGUCCCUGCAUUGCCUCUCGUUUGGGUGCAGGCAGGGCUGUUCCCAUUAGCAAGGUGUGGAUCAGUCUGGCCAACCGUAAUGAUGGCAUUUAGCUCCUCUUAGUUCGGGUUGCAAAUGCAGUGGGAGAGAGGUGAAGGGAAAUGCUCUUUUAGGGGAAGCUGCCAACACCGGGGAGCACGUUGUGUCCUGGAUGCUCAUUACACUCAGAGGCAGAUGUUAGAGCAGUGUCUCCAGCUGGUUUCUUCGAUAGCAGGAACUCGGGGCUCCUUGGCCAGACAAACGCAGAAAUCUCUUGUGCUUCCGUCUCAUGUCCUUCUUGGUGGCCAGAGCUGUCUCGUCUCGUAGCACGCAGUUUGUGCUCUGCUGUUGGCUGGGCUUGGAUGAGCUCUGAGCGUGGGCUUGGCCCGGGUCCUGCCUGUGGCUGGAGGGGGGCAGGCGUGGUGGGGAGGAAGGCGAGUGUGCAGGUUCUGUGAUCACAGCUCCGGGUGCUGAAGUGCUGCGGGCAGCUCCCGGAGCCUGGUUGUGAGGGUCUCGGUGAGGCGCUGCUGUGAAACGGGAGCUUGCAGACCCCCAGGAUUUGUCACUGCUCGGCCCAAACUUCACCCAACUCAAAGUGUUGAGUAGUUUUUCUUAUUAUAUCUCUGAUCAAGCUUGAGCGAGUGACUUUCAUUUGAAAUCUGCUGCGCAGAUGGCAUUCAGGCUCUUCCCUUGCAUCUCUGGCUCAAAUGCUUCAAACCGGAGCGUUGCUUUGGGGCUGCAUGGGGUGGCUGCGUGGCUGGGCCUGUACUCGGCUCCUGCCUGCGUUUGCCCUGCUGGGGGGCAAGUUUCUCCUUCUGGGGGGCAUUUGCUGCUGUAACUGCAGACAUCUGACCAGAGGGCUCUGGGGUGGUCGCUUUGCCGCAGAAAGCUAAUGGGAGGGGAGCGAGCUGGGUAUGAUCCAGAUCUGCCUUGCUGGCUGUUACUGCAGUGCUGAUAAAAAAAAAAAAAAAAAAAAAAAAAAAAACAGAAGCAGUGGGGCUGCACCAGUGUUUGUGAGAUGCUGCUGUGCCCAACGGUGGCUUUGCUCCUGGUGGGGAUCAGUGCCUGACCCUUGUCCCAACCUUUCCUAGCACCCUUCCUGCAGAGGAACUUGGGAUCUGGGCUUCCCCCUUUGGGAGGUCUCAAAUUCCAGAGUAAUGAGGCCAUGGCAGGGCCGUGGGGCUGCCUCUGGGGGCCUGAGUGGUUUGAUUCUUGCUGGGAUUGUGUAUUUAGAAAGCAGCAUCUGCUCCCCAACUCGUUAUUUUUCCAGUGGGAAGAGUGCCCUUGCGUGACAGCAGGGCAGGGAGAGUGUCAGUGGAUGUGUGGCUGGCAUCCACCCCUGGCCAGGCGUAGCUUCACCCACCUGUUUUGUUUGUUUGUUUUGUGGGAUGUGGAGUUGCUGUGAUCAGUUUGAGGGCCAGCACGCGCUUCCAUCUCGUGGCCCCCCUGCGCCAACUCAACCUCUUUGUGACUCCCGUGGCUACGUCCACAGGCCUGGCCCAGCAGUGCUGGGACCCUCAAGAAGCUCCCGCAGCAGGGGCUUGCUGCCGCGAGUCCUUCCCCAAUGCGCCGUAGCUGUGGGCAGCUGUGGAAUCGGCUCCUUGUAUCUCAGAGGCCUUGCACCAUAGAGUUGCCACAGUCGAGGUUUUGCCACGUUGCUGGAGGAGGAGGCUGGCAGUCCUGCAGCUCGGCCUCGAGCUGCCCGCCUGCUUUGGGCUCCCCCAUUGCCCACGUUGGUCCCGAUCCCUGCCGAGCACCAGUGGGGACGCGCCAGGGCUGCCGGCUCUGAUGGUUAGGGCUUGAUAGUUUGUCCCAGUGCUGAUGCAAGGCUGAGCGAGUGUGACCCGUUUGCUUUUUGUGUUGUAAUCGGUCCUUUUAAUACAGGGUAUGGAAACCUAAAGAUUCUUGGCAAAUAUUUUUUCUCAGAAGGAGUUGUCCCAAUUUACCAGGUGGUUUUAUUGAGAAGUUCUGCUUGUAUUGUUUUACCUGAGCCAAAAGCAUUAGGAGGACUAAGCUUUGGGAGCUCCCAAUGAUGAUUACUUGAGUUAAGAAAUGGAUGUUGUACAGUGGACUGCAAACCAACGCGUUUCAAAAUCACAAUGUUUGGGGAGAAGAAACUAGACAGUGUUUUUGUGAACUAUCUUUGCAGCACUGAGGAAAAAUCACAAGAAUUGGAUUUUUUUUGAAGCACAGAUGUCUAGCAAGUGUUUGAGUAUUUGAAGUUUUUAUGGCUGUUAAGGUUUUUCCUCCUUUAUUUGCUCCAACAUUUCCAUAGCUUGCAUAUCAGGUUUUCACAGAACGAUGGAUUACCAUUUUUUAAAAUUUUAUUGUGCCAUAUUUUAUUUAUCCUUAUGCAUUAUAAAUAUAUAAAUACCUAUUUAGACUGAAUAUCACAGUAAAAAUGCUAUUAUUGUGAACUUCAGGGUUUAAACCCAAGGUAAAAAAUUGGAAAUACUCCUCCAGUGUAUUUUCUGUUUGUGAUCAUCUUUCUGCAGGCGUUUCUUAAGUUCUUACAAUUCAAAAAUGAAAUAACUUCCUAAAAUUCAAGGUUUUACAGUACUAACCCUGAAGUUCUCAAGUCUGUGAUUUAUUAUUUUUUUUUUAAGGUACAUCUGGUUGCUUUUUCUGGUGCAGUCAAAUCAUUCUUUAGAAGGGUCUUGUUUCUGGAGUUAAUGAGGGAAAAGGUGGAAUGGGUCGAUCCAUCCUGCUUGGCUUUUUUAACCUAUUAAUCUUUUAAGCGAUCAAUCUCAAAUUAAAAAUUGAUUUCUUAGGUCUCUGUUCUACUUAAACUUUUUAGGAGUGGGAGCCUGCCCUCGCUGAGUGGGACUUUGAUGGGGAAAGCAGUAGAUUAUGAGGUUGCUGUUGCUCAGGAAUUGAUUAGUAAACUUUUAACUACUAAUAAAAAUCCAUUUUUCAAUGGAUUUUUUUAAAAAACAUUUUCUUAGAACAGUGAUAUGGGAUGUUUCCUAGUGAAUAGGAACUAGUUUAUAUAAUUUAGCCUAUUAAACUGAAUUAUUUAAAAUUCAAACUUCCCCUAAUUUAUCUUUUUUUUUUAUAUAUACCAGUAAGUUGUCCUGUCAUUCCUUUCAUUCUUCCAUAGAACUAGUGUGAAUUCUUCUGGUGUGUAUAUAUGUAUGUAUAAUAUAUAUAUUUCCAUCCUGCCUUUCUAAUUCUCCACAAUGUAAGAGUUAGUUUUUUCUCCCCUCCCUUCACUUAAUUAAUUUCUUGUGUCUUUACCUUGAUUUGUAAUUGAAACAAUGCUUUGAAGUUUUGUCUUUAUAUUAAAGUGUAUGUAUUUUAA